CGAAGAGACUUCGCGAGAGUUGCAAUAGUGAUGGAGUACAGCUACCUGACGUCUCCUGGGUACGAGUCCGGGAUGGACACUGGCCGAGCUUCUGGCCGCUCCACGGAGUUCAGCUCCUGCAGUCAGCCCUUCAGUUUUCAAUAUAACAGGUGCAAUCUGGGAAACACAACCAGUUGCCAUUUCCUUGCACCUGGCUCUCACCAACCCUCACGCUUCAUAACAGUUCAUCAUAAUCUUCUGCCUUACGAACGAGGUGUCCAGGAGAGACGCAAACAAAGGCGCGUGCGCACCAUCUUCACCAGCGCGCAGCUGAAAGCGCUCGAGCGCGUGUUCGCACAGACUCAUUAUCCAGACAUCUACACCCGAGAGGGGCUCGCGCAGGAGAUCCAUCUUACUGAAGCUCGAGUUCAGGUCUGGUUCCAGAACAGACGCGCGAAAUUUCGCAAACAGGAGCGUGCAGCUACAUGGACCGAGUCAUCUUCCAAAGUGAACAGUUCACCUUCCCAUGACAGCUCCAAAACGAUGACAGUCCCUGACCCAGACAGCACACAACCCACUCUUACCCUAAACCCAGACCACAAACAGGACACCAGCAGUCUCCGAGAGGAUCAGGCCCCAGACCAACUGCCCUUGUUUGGGGUCUCUUCUCUUGAAACACAGAGGUCAAGAGGUCACCAAACUCACUGUGCAACCACUGCCUGCAUGUGUUGA